AUAAGGAUAGCAUAUUGUACUAACACAAAUAAUGCAUUCCAAAAAAUGGACAAGAAAUAUUAUCUGGUUGCGGAAGCUUACAACAUGGCCAAAAACCUCUUCAACCAAGGCCGGGCCAACUACGUCAGUCUGAAGAGCAAAUCAUUGAAAACUAUUGACACCUUUCUAGAUUUGGUCUACAUUAUGAACGAGGAAAUGUCCAAAGAACUUCGGAGCGCGGUUCUGAAGUUCUAUAAAGUCAAAUAUUUACAUGAUUUCACCAAUUAUAUCAUUAGUAUGGAAGAGAUGAUUGAAAUAGUGGAGCACUGUCUGAUAGACCCUAUGGAGAAGUUGGAACAGAUUCGCACACAAUUCCAUGGAGUGAUCAAGAACUUCCAAGAUGUGAGGAACUUCGACUCUGUCAACAAAUGCCAUAAAGAGUUGCCGGAUGAGGUCGCCGCCGCACACUGUUUGCUACAUCAAGCUGUUCUGUUUAACGAGACUAUGCAAGAAAGCUUAGUGACUAUAGUAGAAAUUAAAACAAGGCAACAUGCGCAAGACAUGAAUUCCUCUCUGUACAACGUUCAGAUGUGCAUCAACAACUUCGUACCGAAGUUCUUUGAGCAACUGAUGCUGGAUGCCUACACCGAGAAGUGUGGCUACCUGCGAGUAGUCAAUGCUUCGAUUGCAGAUCUGAUCAGGGACAAAUGGAGGGGCAAUGAUACCGUGUUCCCAGAGAAAUGGAGCCCUCUCGUCCGGCUUUUGAAGGAGAAAACGAAGCAGCCCAGCAGUGUUCUAGAAGAGCCGUUACAUUUAACUUUGUUUGCAGCAAACUUAUCAUCACAGGAUAUAGUUAGAACAUUAUAUUAAAAUUAAUUAUUUAUCUAUUAAAAAUUAUUCAGCUAUAUAACGCUAGAUGUAGGCCGAUGAUCUAAGGGUAAAGAGUGGCAGUAUUAAAAAGUAAAAUACACAUCGUGUCCUAUAACUUUUCAAGCACCCUCUGUAUUAUUAACUUAUCAAAGUCUAACAAAAGACAGCUAUAAUAAAAGUAUAAUAAAGUAUUAUGCGUUUAGUCAUUGAAAAUACCUGCUUUUAUUAUGUGUUAAUGUAGUUGAAUAAUUUGCUGUUCUCGUAUGCUUAUCGUAAUGAAAUAAAGCACGUUUAAUUCGUGUGUAUUCGUUUUAAUUGGAUAUCCUCCUACGCCGGUGAUAACGAACAAGGAAAUUUGUAUGAGAAAUAUUACUGCAGCAUAUUUUAAUAUUAAUAUAACGUUAGCAGCACGAGAAC